AAUAAAGUUACACAUUUAACUCCUGUAUGUAUAUGUACACGUACAGGUGCAUGAUUUUCCUUCAGGUAGGACAGGUCGAGAAAUGUGCCGCAGAUUUAUUGCAUUCGAUGAAUUCAGGUAUCAUCAUCGUUUUGAAGCACCACUUCGUAGCCUUGGCAUUCAAUUUGGGAAAGUGUACCACGGUCUAGACAUACAUUGUGCAAUCCUGUAAUAGUCCCAUCGUAUGACACACACUGUCUGCCCCACCGAAUACUAGGGUGAGGGUGGACUUCACUUGGACAAAAUGAAAUUGAACAAUAAUUCCGUAUGCAAACCGGCAUGAAGGUUGGGUUGUUCAUGUGUGUCCUAUUCGUAUAAAACCCAUCCUCAACUCCAACAGUAGCAUCAGUCGCUUCACAGCAAUCUAACAAACAAAUUUCACAAGCCUUUCAAACGUCAGAGUUCCCCACAAACCCCAACAAGCAUCAUGUCUGCCAAGAUUGUGAUCUGCCUGGUUGUGUGCGUGUUCGGUGCUGCUUCGGCUGGUGUUGUUCCAGUGGCAGCUCCUCUUGCUGCGGCAGGAGUCGUCGCACCAUACGCCACCUCCUACAACGCGCACACCGUCAACCAUGCGGUAGCGGCCCCGGUCGUUGCGGCUGCUCCGGCCGUCGUUGCUGCCCCGGCGGCACGCUUCGUAGCUCCGGCUGCUCCUGCUCUGGCAUACACUGCUGCGGGACUGCCAGCUUACAGUGCCUACACUGCCGCCGGUCUGCCAGGCUUCGGUGCCUACUCGGCCUACACUGGACUGCCCGCUCCGUACGUGUUCUAAGGCACGCGUUGAAGCAUACACAUUGGCGAGGACUGAACAUUGGGGUUCUGUCGAGAGACUGCUGAUCGUUCGUACUGACGCUCUCUUCCUGCAUCUAUGAUCUUUUGUAAAUACCGUUCUUCCUUCUUAACUCAAUUCUUGUCACGAUCAAAAUAUAAGGCCUUUUUAGAAGGAAUGUUCCUAAA